ACCGCCUUGCGGUUGGUUGUGCGUUUACGUAAAUUAUUUAAUUUUGAAAGUUUACAAAAUAUAAAACUUUAUUGUAACAAAGGAAGUUAAACGUGACUAAUAAUAUAUUAACAUAUAAUAAUAGUGUUGUUGAAUAUCAUUUAUGUCGUGAUUCAAAUAGUAAUCUGUUAAAUUCAUAACAAAACACAUUAAGUAAAUUUGAUAAUAGUUUGAUGGAUAUCGCAUACAUAAAGUAAUUGGUAAUGGAAGUCAAUUGAGUUGACACAAAAUGGCAGCUUCCAGUCGGGUAUCGAUACAAGAUGGCGGACAAGGGAAUGUCAAACUACACCCGUAUUUCGCGGCAUUGAUACGAUGGUGUAUAUCUUCGAUAUGGACGACGGCCACUGUACUCCUGCACAGACUGAUGACUGCACCAGUGCAGCCGAUCACAGGACCGAAGCCCCCGAAGCCACGUCCAGCUAGCAAGGAACAUCUACAUCCGGAGCCCCUGGUGGAAUGCGUGGUGCUGUAUCAGCCACCAAUACACACGAUGGACGUCAUCUUCGUACAUGGAUUAUAUGGGUCAUUAGGUAACACAUGGCGUCAAGGUGAAUGGAGAAUAAAUUAUAAAACUGACCCAAUAAAAGUUCCAUUACGUCGACCUCAUUGUAUACCAACCGCGUGCGCUUGUAAAUGGGACAAAGAUGAAAAAACAAUUAAAACAUGUGAAUGCGAUUUCUUAAACGAAUCAAAAUUAUCAAAUCGAAUCGAUUAUAAUGAUAAAAAAAUCGAAAAUGAUGAUAUAUAUGAGAACUAUAGAAAAGUGUUGCCAGAUGACGAUUUAUUUAUAACAGAGAAAUUUUAUAAUAAUACGUUACUUGAUCAAGUUGAAAUUGUUGGUAAUUUUGAGACGCAAGCUAAUUUUGUACGCGAUUUAUUCGAGAAGAAUUGCGAAGAGGAUGUUAUUAAGAACUGUCAAUGUCAAAAUGACAGUUGUCUUGGAUGUGGUUGUGUGUGUGAUGGAUGUUAUUCUCCUUGUUGGCCGAGAGAUUGGAUUAAAAUAGAUUUUCCAGGUGCUAGAGUUUUAUCUAUUAAUUAUACGAGCGAUCCGUAUUUAUGGCGGCCAUUGUGGAUCAAAGAAAGCAAGAGGCAAAGGUUACAUGAACGCGCUGAACAAAUGAUGGAGCAACUUCUAUUUCUAGGAGUUGGUGAGAAACCUAUAGUAUGGGUAGGACAUUCGAAAGGCGGGUUGUUCAUCAAACAGAUUUAUUGUGAAGCUUACGAUGCAUAUUUAAAAAUAAACAAUACCAAAGAAAACAAAGAAACAACUGAAACUAACCUACAGGAUGUUCUAAAUGGGAAUAUUGAUAAAGAAUUAGAAAAUAAUAAUAUUAUAAAAGAAAAUAUCGCUAACGAAGCGAAAUUGAGUAAUAUUAUUAAUUAUGUAUUCAGAUUACAAAAUAAAGAUAUGUUAGAUAAUAAAUUACAAACUAUAAGAAUUGACGAACAAACAGAUGAUCACAUUAAUUAUGAAGAAAAUGAUAAUACCAAAGAAAUUAAUACUGAAAUAUCUUCUAAUGAGAAAGAAGAUUCUUUAGAAUUAUCAAAGAGAGCCAAUUUAUGGAAUAACAGUGUUGGCUUCAUGUUCUACUCUGUACCACAUCGAGGUUCUCCACUUGCGGAUAUAAAGACGCCGAUUACAGCUAGAAGUAUUGAAUUACUGGAAAUAUGCAAAGAUUGCUCUUUAUUAUUGGAUCUACAAUCACGUUGGCUUCAAGCCACAGAAAAGUCCCAACCAGCUGUCAACAGUUUGGUGGAAACUUGCAAGACACUCAUGUCUUUACUCUGGCUAAGGAUCGUCAGUGUUGAUUCUGCUGACCCCGGCAUCGGCGCACUGUCCGGUGUCUCAGUAGACCACAGAGAAAUCUGCAAACCUUCCAGUAGGAAAUGUCUUUUAUAUCGAGAAUUAAAGAUUCUAAUACAGAAUGCUCUUAACAAACAUAAAAGCUAGAAAGGACUGAAAAUACUAAAUUUGCGUAAACAUAUCGCGUUCAGUAGAAAUAAGAAAUGAUUACUGUCUGUAUGUAUCACUUUGAUAUCAAAAUAAUUGAUUUAACACGUUAAAUGCCACUCCGGUCACCGGUGACCGUGCAUCUGCAUUUAAACGCCGCGUAGGACACUUAUGGACGUAGGUUUUUUAUAUCUACGAAAUCCAGCUUCUGAUUGACCUUCUUCUAGUGCCUCUUCAGUCUUGAACUUUAACCCUUAAUUCGACGAAAAUUUUUGUAGCAAAAAACUGUU